AUGGUGUCGGAGACCGUCUUCACCGUGUUCGUGACCUCGAGCGUCGCGCCCGCGCCGCGCGCGGCGAGGGCCGCCCUGCCCGGCCGCGCCGCCGGCGAAGCAGCAAAGCCCGGCGCCUGCAGCACGCGCGAGGCGAUCGCGGCGGCGAGGGGGCCGGCCGCGCACGCGCGGCGGCGCCUCGGCGGCCCGAGCGCGGCGCGCGCGGCGCGCGCGGCGCGCCUCGGCGACCCGCAGGGCCGGGCGGGCCCUCUGCGCGGAGGCUGGCGGGGGGCGAUCCCGCAGCAGCGGUGGUCUGCCCGGGAGGGCAGGGGGGGGGCCUGGAGGGGCGGCUGCUCGGGGCCGCCUUGA